AUGGAGGAGUGCUCACCCUACGCAGCCCACCUCUACGAUGCUGAGAACCCUCUGAUGCGCCUCCGGAAGCUUCCUGGACUUUGCUCUGACUACUGCUCUGCAUUCCACUCUAACUGCCACUCUGCCAUCUCCCUGCUGACCAAAGGUCAUGGCCUCCAGGAGUCCCAUGAAAAGGAUAGUGCCCACUUCUGCCACCUCCUCCAUCUUCCUGACAAAGACUAUUGCUUCCCCAAUGUCCUGAGGAAUGACCAUCUCAACCAUGACCUGGGUGUGGUGGCCAAGGACCAUCAGGGCUGCCUGCAACUCUGCCUGACUGAGGUGGCCAACGGGCUGAGGAACCCCGUUGCCAUGGUCCAUGCUGGGGAUGGCACCCAUUGCUUCUUUGUUGCUGAGCAGGAAGGAGUGGUGUGGUUCUACCUCCCAGAUGGGAGCCGUCUGGAGCAACCGUUCUUGGACCUCAGGAGCAUCGUUCUGACCACUCCAUGGAUUGGGGAUGAGAGAGGCUUCUUGGGGUUGGUUUUUCAUCCUAAAUUCUACCUCAACCACAAGUUCUAUAUUUAUUAUUCAUUCCUUGGCAAGAAGAAGGUAGAAAAGAUCCAGAUUAGUGAGAUGAAGGUUUCUUGGGCUGAUCCCAUCAAAGCAAACCCCAAAUCAGAGAGGGUCAUCUUGGAAAUAGAAGAACCUGCCUCAAAUCAUAAUGGUGGACAACUUCUUUUUGGCCUGGAUGGCUAUCUGUACAUAUUCACUGGGGAUGGAGGGCAGGCUGGGGAUCCCUUCGGCAAGUUUGGAAAUGCUCAGAACAAAAGUUCCCUGCUGGGAAAAGUGUUAAGGACUGAUGUGAAUGGAGCAGGCUCAGAUGGCAAGCGGUACCAUAUUCCCCUAGACAAUCCCUUUGUUUCUGAGCCAGGGGCCCACCCUGCCAUCUAUGCCUAUGGGAUCAGAAACAAGUGGCGCUGUGCCGUGGACCGAGGGGACCCCAUCACGCACCAGGGCCAAGGCCGGAUAUUCUGUGGGGAUGUGGGUCAGAACAGGUUUGAGGAAGUCGACCUUAUUGUUAAGGGGGGGAACUAUGGCGGGAGAGCAAAGGAAGGGUUUGAAUGUUAUGACAAGAAACUUUGCCUCAAUGCCUGUUUGGAUGAUGUUUUGCCCAUCUAUGCCUAUGGCCGUGCAGUGAGGAAGUCGGUCACUGGAGGUUAUGUCUACCAUGGGUGUGAAUCUCCGAACCUCAAUGGCCGCUACAUCUUUGGGGACUUCAUGAGUGGUCGACUUAUGGCUUUGCAGGAAGAUAGAAAAACCAAGAAAUGGAAGAAACAGGAUGUUUGCCUAGGCAGCACCAAGCUCUGUGCCUUUCCAGGGCUAAACAGUACUUAGAGCAAAUUCAUCAUCUCCUUUGCUGAAGAUGAAGCAGGUACAAAUUUGUACGGUUAUUUGAUGUCUGCUUUCUGGAACUUCAUCAGAGGCAUUGACUGA